AAAACUCAAUUGCUGUGCAAAUGAAGGUGGGAAGUGAGUUGUCGUUGCAACAUGCAGAAUUCACACAAUCCUGUUGUAAAAUUUUGAUGCAAUGCCGCAAUUUCUGUAACCUAAUUUCAUUUCGUCCGAAUGACAAGUUGCUGCGAAGGGCACGUAGUGUAGAUUUUAUCCGUCAAAGAGAGUAUUGUAGAUACAGUUGACAACCGAAUUGGUGGGCUCUGGUGGUGAUCGAGGGCCACAGGUUGGUGUGAUGGGGUUUAGCAUGUCAGCCAAGACCAUGACGUUGUUGCAUCCCUUGGCCGGUGGACAUAUGAGGCACGCACCCAAAUGGACAUUGAAGUUGGGCCAGCUGCGCGCGCAAGCUUCAUUAACCAAUAGAUCAUACGCGACAGUGCUGACACAUACAGGUGGUGAAUCCAAGCCACUGGAGGGGUAUGGCGCUCUUUUGCUGGAUGUCGGGGGCACAUUGUUGGAGACGGCACAGCCGGUGCCGGAAGUUUACGCCAGAAUUGGUGCCAAGCAUGGUGUUAAAACCGCACCUGCCAACAUUAAGAAGGGCUUCAAGAAAGCAUUUGCUGAGCCAUGGCCAGAGCGGCUACGAUACGAGGGAGAUGGGAGACCUUUCUGGCGUUACGCAGUAGCGACAGCUACGGGUUGUUCUGACGAGAAAUAUUUCGAGGAACUUUACCAACAUUUUGCCAGGGGCGACGCAUGGAAAAUAGCCAGUGGAGCACCAGAAGCUCUUAGACGGCUUCACAACGCUGGAGUAAAGCUGGCUGUGGUUUCUAACUUCGACUCAAGGCUACGACCUGUCUUGCGGGACUUGCAGAUUGACACUUUGUUUGACGCGCUGAUCAUUUCGGCAGAAGUUGGUUAUGAGAAACCAUCUCGAGAGAUAUUCCAAGCUGCUUUGAAUGAACUUGAUGUUGAUGCAUCAGCUGCUGUGCAUGUUGGCGAUGACCCAACAAACGACAAGCAAGGGGCUUUGGCUGCCGGUUUAGAAUCAUGGCUUUGGAAGGUGGAUGUCAAGUCAUUUGAAGAGCUCGCAGACCGUGUUUUGCAGCCUGCGAGGUUUGUCCCCUAGAGUCAAAAGCUCUGGACGGUAAUUUCGUCCACUGGAACUUCUUCCCAAUUCAGUGUCAUCAUUCUUGUACUGCCUGUGAUUACAUUUUUUGCAGCAAAUGUAAACAUAAACCUUCUGGUAAUAAUCUGUAUACAUUUUCCAGAAAUCCAUUGCAUUACAUUAUGUAAGAAGUGAAUCAUAAGAUUCACCAAAGUGGGAGGAAUUUUCUGAAAGGUUUGGUGUGGAAUAUUGAUACACUUUUUGUUACACUUCUGGAUUCUAAGAAGAAAUUGUCAAGGGAUUUGAAUCGAUCAUGUUUUCAACUAUAAUAUAGUUGACAAUUUUAUGUAGCAAUAAAAGUUCUUAAUACAUGUCA